AUGGCUGUUGCUCCAACUCACCUUGCCUUCAUCAGUGCAUUUCUCAUCAUCCUUUUUACAAGCCCAUGUAUUGGUCUAUUCAUUUGUCCCUCCCAGGAAUCCCAGGCUCUUCUUUUCUUCAAGGAAGCCUUGAAGGUCUCUGAUGGCAUUCUCAGUUCAUGGGAUAAUAGAAGCGACUGUUGCUCCACAUGGGAAGGUAUAUCGUGCAACUAUGCCACUGGCCAUGUAGAGCUGGUUAAUUUGACUGCUUACACCAACCACACAGAGCAGGGUUUGCAGAGUGGAGUCAUAUCGAGUAGUUUGUGCAGCCUUCCUUUUCUCAAAUACCUCAUCCUGAAAAGCAUUGUUGGAUUAACAGGUAAUAUCCCUUCCUGUUUGGGAAAUCUUUCUUAUCUUCAGGUUUUGGUGUUAAAGAACAAUAGUUUGACGGGGAUAGUUCCCCCUGCAAUUUGCUUGCUCACAAAUCUUGGCCAUCUAGAUGUAAGCAUUAAUCAACUCGUAGGAAUCUUACCACCGUGUCUAGGAAAUCUUACCUUUCCCCGUAUACUCAUUGUCCAUUACAGCAAAUUAACUGGGCAAGUCCCAAUUUCCUUGAACAAACUCUCCUUGCUCAAGUUCUUGAGUAUUUCCGGUAACAAGUUCAAUGGCAGCCUUCAACUCACCGGGCUUUCUUCCCUCAAUUUGCUCUUUGCUCGUGAUUUUUCAUUACCUGAGAACGUUACUUCUUCCCAGUUGGCAUUGCCAUCCUCCAUAAAGGUUCUCUGGCUCUCCCACAUCACCAUUACAGAUAGUCUGUUUGAUAACCUUGCAGAAUUAAAAUUUUUGUACGUAUCAUAUUGUGUUUUGAAUAUUAGCGCAAGUUGGCUUCCGAGCUUCCAGUUAGCGGGCUUAGAUUUAGUCUCAUGUAGUAUUGGUGGUAGAGUUCCUGACUGGCUUUUCACUCAGUAUUCAUUACAGAGGUUGGCAUUGGCUGACGACAAUAUUGUUGGAGAAAUUCCCAAAUGGUUAAUGGAGAACAAUCCUCAGUUGUUUCUGUUCAACAUUUCAGGAAAUCAUUUCAAUGGCAGCCUUUUUGUUCCAAGUAGAUCAAUUCGUUGGAUGACUGUAUUUGAUGUAUCUAGGAAUGCAUUCACUGGACACGUAGCAUCUACGUGGCCUCCAGAUCUUCAGCUCCUGAUGGUUAAUGACAAUUCUCUGAUUGGCAAUAUUCCUCCAGUUGGAAAUCUAUCAGCCCUUAAAGUGCUGAUGAUGAAUGAUAACUCUUUCAGAGGCAGCAUUCCUUCAGAAAUUGUCCAACUCAAGCAGCUCCAGAUCUUAGACCUUUCGUCUAACAAUAUAUCAGGUGUUAUUCCACACAGCCUUGGAUCUCUAAAAGCAAUGACUCUACCAAGAGAAGACGGCCAUAUAUUAUCUUCUCAGCUGAACCCAUUUCAAGUAAUUACAAAAGACAAUGGCGUUAAGUCAUAUUCUGGGAUUGGUCCUAUUGAGUCAAUUAUAUAUCAAGUUCCGUCUCAUGAUGAAUUGGACAUGACUGUAAAAGGCUUAAAUCUGAAGUAUGCGUAUAUUUUUUCCACACUCACAGGUAUGGAUCUUUCCAAUAACCAAUUAAAUGGAAAGAUUCCGUGGGAUUUUGGAAAGUUGAAGGGGUUAAGGUAUCUCAAUCUGUCAAUGAAUAAUCUCAGUGGAAUUAUUCCACCCAGUUUGGGGGAUAUGUCUGAACUAGAGUCACUGGAUCUUUCAACAAAUAGGCUUUCUGGAAAGAUUCCUGAAGAAAUUGAACUGGCGACUUCAUUGGCGGUCUUAAAUUUGUCCAACAACAACCUCUCAGGCAGCAUACCUCAAGGACAACAGAUGACCACAUUUCCAAACACAUCAUGUUCUGGGAAUCCAUAUCUGGAAGGAUGCCCACUUCCAAAGAAAUGUUCUUGGCCAGAGUUUACUCACCAUCCUCCCCCAAAUGAUAUGGAAAACAGAAAUGUAGAUCAUAGAAAGCAUAUAGUAUGGUAUUAUAUUGGAGUAAGAUUGUCACAUGUAGCAGGUUAUUGCUGUGUAAUGUUCUUGCUUGCACUGAGAAAGGGAUGGAGACAGAAAUACUUCAAGUGGGGAGAUAAGAUUUUGAAGUUUCUGUUUCCUUGCAUACGCAACAGGGGAUUAUGA